CAAUUUUUGUUGUCGCGUUUCCGCCCAAAAAGGAUUUUAAAGCUUGAAGUGCGGACUCCUCUGCUUAAACCUCCAUUUUCUCCAAGCUUCGAAACUAUAGCCAUGGCCGACGAAGAUCCACCAUCGGAGCUCUCAGUGACGUUGCAGAAACCGAAACUCGACGAAAUCCUGAACGUCAGUAAGGCCACCACUGAGUCCGAUGUUCUGGGAGGCCUCGAGUCGUCUUGCAAUUGUUCCAAUGAAACGAAGCCCGGUGCUGAAUCCACUGCUCAAACCUCGGAUGGAAGUGGUGAAAAAUCGUUGGAGCUGGCGGAAGAGUUGCUGGAGAAGGGUUCCAAGGCUAUUAAGGACAACGAUUUCGUUGAGGCUGUCGAUUGCUUCAGCCGUGCCCUUGAGAUUAGAGCUGCGCGAUAUGGUGAACUGGCUCCGGAAUGUGUUAAAUUGUACUACAAAUAUGGAUGUGCUUUAUUGUACAAAGCCCAGGAGGAGGCAGAUCCACUGGGAGCUGUCCCAAAGAAAGAAGGUGAACCCCAUCAACAAUCUUACAAAGAUGAAUCUGUUAAGAGUGCUGAAAAUGGCGAGUCAUCAAAAGCUUCUGUUUCCAGCAAUGCUGAACUGGUGGAUGGAGUUGCAGAUGAUGUUUCCAGUAAGAAAGAUCAGGAUGAAGAAGAGGGUGAUGAUAGUGGUACUGAGGACUUAGCAGAUGCAGAUGAAGACGAAUCUGACCUUGAUUUAGCAUGGAAAAUGCUAGACGUUGCCAGAGCAAUAGUUGAAAAAGACUCGGGUGAUACGAUGGAGAAAGUAGACAUAUUGUCAGCCUUGGCAGAAGUUGCUCUGGAAAGAGAGGACAUUGAAACUUCCCUCAGUGACUACCAGAAAGCAUUAUCAAUUUUAGAAAGACUUGUCGAACCUGACAAUCGACAGCUUGCUGAACUAAACUUCCGUGUAUGCUUGUGCCUGGAGUUUGGUUCUCAGCCGCAGGAAGCCAUUUCAUUUUGCCAGAAGGCAAUAUCAAUUUGCAAGUCACGUGUGAUGCGGCUUACUGAUGAAGUAAAGGGUAUCAUUGUACCGACCACAGCUUCUUCUACUUCUGGGUCAGAACCAGAGGUCCCACUAUCGUCCAAUGACUCCCAGUCUGACCAUGCCAAUGCUGCAACAGAGAAACAAUCUGAGAUUGAAAUUCUAUCUGGGCUUUUGGUCGAGCUAGAAAAGAAGCUUGAAGAUCUGCAACAGCUGGCCUCAAACCCAAAGUCAAUCCUCUCGGAGAUCCUCGGGAUAGGAGCGGCGAAGGCAAAAGUCGAAAAGAUCGCUCCUCCACUUCCAGCAGUGUUGAACUCCUCACAGAUGGGUUCAGCUAACAGCAAUGGAGGAUUUGACUCUCCAACGGUCUCAACUGCACACACGAACGGCGCGGCUGGAGUGACGCACCUUGGCGUCGUUGGAAGGGGAGUCAAACGAGUAUCAACAAAUUCAGAGUCUGCUGACUCCUCCCACCCAACGAAGAAACGGGCAACAGAUUCAUCAACACAAGAUAAAGGUGAUGGCAGUUCCGCCUGAAGAGGUUGUGUUCUCGAACUCAUUUUGAAAUUAGAUAUAUCACAUAAGUGCAUAGCAGUAAAAGUAGAUUCAGAAUCAUCCUGCCUGUGGCUGUUAUCAUUUCAUGUAUGUUUGUACUAUGUUCGACUAAUAUCUUACUCUGAAUGAUGUUUUUCCAGACCUCCUAAAUCCAAGUUCUAGUAAUCAUCCAGCAGUUUUAUGUUUGUCACUUCA